AUGAAUAAGUACCUGACAGGCGCAGUAAUCGGCGAAGGCACCUAUGGAACCGUAUACAAAGCCACGUGUCAAAAAACUGGAAAAGAGUUUGCCUUGAAAUGUCACAAGCGCGGCGUAGAGGAUGCAACCGUGAGAGAGCUAUCCUGUCUCACGGUACUACAGGGCCACCCUUAUGUGAUCCAGAUCCAUGAAUGUGUCAUCCACAAUGGAAUGAUGGCCAUGCUCAUGUCCUACGCACCCUACACAUUGUCGAACGUGAUUCACAGUGGACACCUGUGUCACGAGCAAGUCCGAGCGCUAGAGAUUAUUCCGUUGAGUUUCGUGGCUCGUUUUUCAGUUCAAGUGGCUGAAGCACUGUCGUACAUGCACAGACUGAACCUGGUGCACCGGGACCUGACGCCAUUCAACGUGCUGCUGACAGAAGAUCUAACCGUACAAGUCGCUGACAUGGGCCUCUCUAGACAUUCCUGUAAGUGGAUGAGCACACAUGUGGUGACGGAGGCGUACAGGGCCCCUGAAUUGUUUGUUGAAGGUGGCACCUCAGAGUACACUUGUGCCAUAGACAUGUGGAGCCUCGGGGUAAUGAUUGUCGACGCCAUGGAAGGGAGAGUGGCAUUCGCGAGGACUUGGGAGUCCACGUACCAUAUUAUUGUGAGGACAUUGUGCCCCAGAGACCACCCCGAUGCAUCACUCAUGCCUUGGGACCCUAAGACCCUGAUGCCCAAGGUGAUGGAGUGUGCACUGGUCAAAAGGAUUGUCUUCCAAUUGUUGGCUUUUCACGCGAACGAGAGACUUUUAGCUCACGCGCUGCUGAAGGACACCGAAUGGACUGAGGCUGCUCAUAUGACCAAAGAAGACAGAGACCUGGUCAGAGACCGGAUCUAUCGACAGCGGGUGUAA